AUGCACAAAUGGCGAUGCAGAAUAAAAUAUUUUAAAAAAUGUGACAAUUGCUACAAUAAUAUAUAUUUCAGGUAUGGUUCACGUAUUUCAGCUACAGCUGGAUAUAUUUAUGCUUUGCGUCCUAGCGCCGAUCUUUGGACACGUACUUUACUCAGACAAACUCAGAUUUUAUAUUCACCCGAUUGUUCAUUGAUACUUACAUUAUUGGAUGUUCGCCCUGGGGCGAUUAUUUGCGAGAGCGGUACAGGAAGUGGCUCUCUUUCUCAUUUUUUGGCACUAGCUCUUGCCCCCGAUGGUCAUUUAUAUACCCAUGAUAUCGACGAAGUUCGAAUAAAAAAAGUCGAGAGUGAAUUAAGGGUGCAUGGUUUGGGUGCAGUUACCACUUGUAUUCAUCGAGAUGUCACUGAAGACGGUUUUUUUGUUGAAAAUGCUUGUGAUGGAGUAUUUUUGGAUAUACCAUCGCCAUGGUUAACUGUUUCUCAUGCUAAAAAGGCUUUUAAUCGAAGUCGGGGUGGCAAUUUCGUCAGUUUUUCUCCAUGCAUUGAACAAGUGCAAAAAUUAUGUGAUGCUUUAAAGCGUGAAGCAUUUAUACAAAUUGAAACGAUGGAAUUAUUACCUAGAAAAUUGAAGGUUAUGAAUAUUUCUGAAACAACUUUAAAAGAAUUCAGUUUAAUGACAGCUGCCGAAAAAAAACCAAAGACAAUGGUGAAUUCUGGAUCUGGUGAAAGGAAACGUAAAAUUGAUGAAGAUACUGCUGAAGCUAUGCAAAGAGAAGAGCAAUUGCCACAAAAACGCACAUUAUUGCCCAGUCCUCCAUCUCAGCCGACUCAUACUGGUUACCUGACGUGUGCAAAGUUAUUGCCUUUUUUCGAUGAAACUAGUGAUACGUGA